AAAGACUUUGCAAAAGUGUCAUUUAAAGCUCACGAAAUUUUUAAGGAAAAUUUAAUCUAAAGAAUGGAUUUUGACAGUGCUUACAUUGAUCCGUUUUUAGACGAAUGGUUGUCAUGUCUUCAAGAAAAAUCUAGACAACAGGAAAAAUUUAUUUUGGAAAAAUCAAAGUUUUUUAUUCCAAAUAUAGAAUUGAACGACAGCGAUGUGAGAUUAAUUUUUAAUAUAAUUGAACAAUUCAAAUGUCAUUCAAACGCAAAAUAUUUGGCCGUGCACCUAUUUGAAAAGUAUGUGAAUUUUAAAAUGAAGCAAAAUUUGGAUUUAAAUCCAAAUUAUAUAAUAAACAAAUCAGAAAUGAAAUUGCGUCUUUUGUCAUGCAUACAGCUCGCAAGUAAAAUGGACUCAAAUGAGGAUUAUCUUAAAAUAUCUCAUAUAAAAAGAAUCCUAAAGGAAAUGGAUCCCGAUAGAAUUUAUCCAAACAAAGUGAUUUUGGAUUCUGAAUUUUAUGUUUUUAAAUCAGUUGAAUUUGAAAUACCUACAUACACCACGAAAAAUUGUGUUGAUGUUUUGUUAGCUGCAAGUGGACUUCGCAACACGCUUGAAAUAGUGAAAUCAGCGUCAAAGCUUCUGGAUUUAUCUUAUGUUUGUCAUGAAGAAUUGCAUUCCAACUUAAAAACGAUAACUCACGAAGGUUCAAGAACGGAAUUCUUCGAUGAUAGGAAUAAUUUGUUGCUCAAAUCAAAUGCAUUAGUUUUAGGAGCUUCUAUUAUAUUCUCCUCGGUAUUUUUCAUGAAUAUGGAGAAAGGAAACUUGAAAGAAUUGUUGAAGAAAGUUGCCGUUCUUGUUGAAUUAAAAGAGACAGAUAUUUGGGAUAUGUCCAAUUCACUUCUUAGUUUAUCGUAUCAAGAAUGAGGUGUAUUCUAAGUAUUUUCUUCUAUUUCAGCAGUAUCUAAUUUCACAUUAUUGUUUUUCUA